GCCGGCCGCUCGCCGCUCCGCUGUCGCUGUCCGGCUCCGACCCGACUCGCGCGCUGUCUUCUCGUGAGGGGCCUCGCGCCGCCGGGCGCGCGCCGUCCCCCUGCCUCGCGGCGCGGGGUCUCGCGGGCCCCGCUCCCGCCCUCCGCUCGCCUGGCCCGGACCGGAAGCGGCGUCGCACGGCCUGGGCCUGGCGCGGGGGGCGGGCUCCGGGGCCCGGUCGGACAUGGGCAAGAAGCACAAGAAGCACAAGUCGGAUAAACACCUCUACGAGGAGUAUGUAGAGAAGCCUUUGAAGCUGGUCCUAAAAGUGGGAGGGAACGAAGUCACCGAGCUCUCCACCGGCAGCUCGGGGCACGACUCCAGCCUCUUCGAAGACAAAAACGACCAUGACAAACAUAAGGACAGAAAGCGGAAAAAGAGGAAGAAAGGAGAAAAGCAGGUUCCCGGGGAAGAAAAGGGGAGAAAACGGAGAAGAGUUAAGGAGGAUAAAAAGAAGCGAGAUCGAGACCGUGUGGAGAACGAAGCAGAGAAAGACCUCCAGGGUCAUACCCCUGUAAGAUUAGACUUGCCCCCUGAGAAGCCUCUCACAAGCUCUUUAGCCAAACAAGAAGAAGUAGAACAGACACCCCUUCAAGAAGCUUUGAAUCAACUGAUGAGACAAUUACAAAGAAAAGACCCAAGUGCUUUCUUUUCAUUUCCUGUGACUGAUUUUAUUGCUCCUGGUUAUUCCAUGAUCAUUAAACACCCCAUGGAUUUUAGUACCAUGAAAGAAAAGAUCAAGAACAAUGACUACCAGUCCAUAGAAGAACUAAAGGAUAACUUCAAACUAAUGUGUACUAAUGCCAUGAUUUAUAACAAGCCAGAGACCAUUUACUAUAAAGCUGCAAAGAAGCUUUUACACUCAGGAAUGAAAAUUCUUAGCCAGGAAAGAAUCCAGAGCCUGAAGCAGAGCAUAGACUUCAUGGCAGACUUGCAGAAAACUCGAAAGCAGAAAGAUAGAACAGAGGCCUCUCAGAGUGGGGAAGACAGCGGCUGCUGGUUACGAGAGCGGGAAGACUCUGGAGAUGCUGAAACACAAGCCUUUAAAAGCCCCAAUAAGGACAAUAAAAAGAAAGACAAAGAUGUGCUUGAAGAUAAGUGGAGAAGCAGCAACUCAGAAAGGGAACAGGAGCAGAUUGACCGGGCCGUCCAGGAGUCUGGUGGGAAGCUGACCCGGCGGCCAGCCAACAGUCAGUGCGAAUUUGAAAGAAGAAAACCAGAUGGAACAACAACAUUGGGACUUAUCCAUCCUGUGGAUCCCAUUGUAGGAGAACCAGGCUACUGCCCUGUAAGACUGGGAAUGACAACUGGAAGACUUCAGUCUGGAGUGAAUACCUUGCAGGGGUUCAAAGAGGAUAAAAGGAACAAAGUAACCCCAGUGUUAUACUUGAAUUAUGGACCCUACAGUUCUUAUGCCCCACAUUAUGACUCCACAUUUGCAAAUAUCAGCAAGGAUGAUUCUGAUUUAAUCUACUCAACCUAUGGAGAAGACUCUGACCUUCCAAGUGAUUUCAGCAUCCAUGAGUUUUUGGCCACAUGCCAAGAUUAUCCAUAUGUUAUGGCAGAUAGUUUACUGGAUGUUUUAACAAAAGGAGGGCAUUCCAGGACCCUACAGGAGUUGGAGACGUCAUUGCCUGAAGAUGAAGUCCAGGCUAGGACACUUGACACAGCAAAAGAAAUGGAGCAGAUUACAGAAGUAGAGCCAGCAGGGCGAUUGGACUCUGGCACUCAGGACAGGCUCACAGCACUCAAAGCAGUAACAAACUUUGGCGCUCCAAUUGAAGUCUUUGACUCUGAAGAGGCUGAAGUGUUCCAGAGGAAACUCGAUGAUACCACGAGAUUGCUCAGGGAGCUUCAGGAAGCUCAGAAUGAGCGGCUGAGCACCAGACCCCCUCCCAAUAUGAUUUGUCUUUUGGGUCCAUCAUACAGAGAAAUGCACCUCGCUGAACAGGUGACCAAUAAUCUUAAAGAACUUGCUCAGCAAGUAACUCCAGGUGACAUUGUAAGCAUGUAUGGAGUUCGAAAAGCAAUGGGGAUUUCCAUUCCUUCCCCCAUCAUAGAGAACAACUUCGUAGAUUUAACAGAAGAUUUUGAAGAACCUAAGAAGACUGAUGUUGCUGAGUGUGGACCUGAAGCCACUGGUAUUUGAUUAUAUAUUAUGUAUAUAUUUUUUUCAUUCUGAACUUGAAAAUGCAUUUGAGAAGAUAUUAACUAUUUGUAAAUUGUGUUUUUAAUUAAACUUUGGAACAGUUAAUUUUAAUGUUCCAGAGAUUGAACUUCUAUUAGGUAAUAAAGCUGAACCUGAGAAGAAUACUGUGCAUAUCA